GGAGCUAGAUCCUGAGCGAGAGAAAGGGAGCAAAGAAAGAUAGGAAGGAAGGAGUCGUACACAAGGACAGAAAAAAAAUUGUCCAGGAUUUUUAACCGAUAACCUUCGAAAAGAAGAGUGUGAGGCGAUCGGGCACUCCGAAGCUGCGCUUACCCGCUCUCUGCUCUUCUCCCGCUUGUGUUUUAUGGAGAAGAAUAAAAUGGUUUCGCAGGGUAACCAGGAGCCAACAGCCACUCCUGAGACCAUGGUUCAACCUUUUGCUGCUAUUCCCUUCCCACCUCCACCGCAGAAUGGUCUGUCCACAGAAUAUGGAAGCCAUCAUCCACAAGAAUAUGCGACUUCUUCCACCGAACAUGGACUUCCACUGUAUGGAGGAGGACAAGGUCAUGCAGAGCAUAAUGCCCCUGCUACAAGCACAGCAAAUACAUCUAGUACGCAGACAGAUGGGGCUCAGCCAGAAGGGCAACAGCCACAGACUCAAAACAAUGACAGUUCUGAGACCAAAGCAACUCCGAAAAGACUUCAUGUCUCCAACAUACCAUUUCGUUUUCGAGACCCUGAUCUACGUCAAAUGUUUGGGCAAUUUGGCAAAAUUCUUGAUGUAGAAAUAAUUUUUAACGAAAGAGGCUCAAAGGGUUUUGGUUUUGUAACUUUUGAAACUAGCGCGGAUGCUGACCGGGCCCGGGAGAAAUUGCACAGCACGGUGAUUGAGGGGCGAAAAAUCGAGGUCAACAAUGCAACAGCUCGUGUGAUGACCAAUAAAAAAACUGUGACUCCCUAUGGAAAUGGUUGGAAACUCAGUCCUGUAGUUGGAGCAGUGUAUGGCCCUGAACUAUAUGCUGCUGCACCUGGACUUCAAGCUGAUGUCUCUUUGGCAACUGAGGCAGGUGUCCCUCUCCCUGGACCUCGAGGGGUUAACACAUACAUUCCAUUGAUUAUACCUGGUUUUCCUUACCCUACGGCGGCAGCAGCUACCACAGCUGCAGCCUUUAGAGGUGCACACUUAAGGGGACGUGGGAGGACUGUGUAUGGGGCUGUGCGAGCAGUGCCACCUACUGCCAUCCCAACCUACCCAGGACUAGUCUUACAGGAAUCAAUCUUAAACCCUAAACUACCUCAGGGUGGAUAUGCAGCUUACAGGUACACUCAACCAGCUACUGCUGCCACAGCAGCCACCGCCGCUGCCGCAGCUGCUGCAGCCUACAGCGAUGGAUACGGGAGGGUAUAUACAGCUGACCCAUAUCAUGCCCUGGCCCCUGCUACCAGUUACGGAGUGGGAGCUGUGGCGAGUUUAUACAGAGGCGGUUACAGCCGAUUUGCUCCGUACUGAAGUGACGUAAGCUUAUUGUUAGUUCAACCUGGACAAAACUGCCCUUUCUCCCCUUUUGCCUGUUCCCCUUCCCCCUACUGUCAACGUUUGCGAGGCGUGGCUUUUGCAAUACUUAAAGAAACUCCUCUAGGAAUUUUCUGGCAAUGCAAGAUGGAUGGAUACAACCGAAAUAUAUACAAAUCAAACAAAAAGGACAUUUUUUUUAUACCUCAGUUUUCUUUCAAAUUGCAAUUUUUAUUUCUGCAUUUACUUUUUGUUUUAAGGGGUGUGUUCAUUUUGUUCCAAAGAUAUUUUUUUCAACUGUGGUAAACGUGUGUGUGUGUGUAUAUAAUAUUUACAUAACUGUGUUGUGAGCUUUUAUUACUAUUAUUUCUGUGCCUGUAAGAAGAAAAUAGGACAACAUAAAUGGUGUUGCAAGAUUAA